AUGUCGCAUUUGGAAUGGCUCAACGCGUCGCGGACGCGCCGUAGCUUCGGCAUGAAAAUUGACAAGGUGAUGUCUUUUGAUGCCUCUUUGCGCGAGUCGUUUCAGGUCGGGUGCAUCUUCAUGUUAUCUAAUUGACUAUAAAAACGAAAAAAUGUUGAGUGAAUAAAAGUAAAAAAAGUGGAAAGUGAACAAAAAGGUUAAUAAAAAUAUUUUUCCCAAACGGAAUUAUUUUUUUAAAUUUCGAAACUUUCAAACGAAACCAAGAAAAAAGUUUUUUUUAAUAAGAAAAAUAGAAUUCAAAAGCUUCCAUACAGUUUUUUUGAUGCUUUUUUUGCAAGUUUUUCUCUUAAUUUCAAAGCUUUUUCAUCAAAAAUUUUCCUUCAUUUCAUUGAAAUUCGAAUCUUUCUUGAAAAAUUGCUCUUCCGUAGCAAAAGGUUCAACUUGAAAGCUCAAAACACAUUACGCAUCACAAAUUCAAAAAGUAGGCCUGGAAGUGAAAAAAAUAGAUAUUUAUAAAGUUCCGUAAGAAAAAAACACUUUUUUUGGAAAAUUAUCAUUGGAGCGCACUUCUCCGUCAAAUUUGCAGCCGGUUGGUCAAAUAUAUUAAUUUUUAGAUCUAUAACUUAUAAGCUGAAUUUUCGAAGCUUCGCAGAAAUUUAAGAUUUUAAGCUUUUUCGUCUUCAAAUUAUUCCUACAUGUUUAUUUCGUGUUUUUCAUCAAAAAUUCGUAUUUAAAAACAUAAGUAGAGAAAAAUGUUACUUUUUAGAAAAAACUGAGAAACCUAUAAUUAAAGUUGUAUAUCAAAAAAACGCCACUUUUUUUCGCACUUUUUUUCAAUGGAUCGUUUCUGAAAAAAAUCCGGAAGUCUAUCUCAUAAUUCGAUAAUUUAUAACUUUUUCUGUUCCGCGUAGGCGCUUUUUUUAUUCAAUCAAAAUCCAAUCGGCGGCUCGCCAAGUUUUCUUACUUGGUAAUGAAGUUUUGCAAAACGUUCUACGUAUUAUAAUUUGCACAAAAAGUAGGAAUUUCGGCUCGGAAUGGAUAAAAGAAGAGAAGAGAGUGAUUCUCGGUGCUUCAGCGCGUAAGCCGUUUCAGGUCGGGCGCAGAUCAAAAUUGAGUAUUUCGGCAUGAAAUGGCUUGAAGAAAAAACAAAACUACAAAAAAAAAGUUGCAUGUGUUUCUCGAUGCCUCGGCGCGUAACCCGUUUCAGGUCGGGCGCAAAUAGGAAUCGAGAUUUUUGACGUGGAAUGGGUUAAAAAAACACAGAAACAUGGAAAAAAUAAGUUGAAUGUGUAUCCCGAUGCCUCAGCGCGCAAACCGUUUCAGGUCGGGCGCGAAAAAAAAUUAAUUUUGUGAGCUCCGUCGAGUCGAAAUAUCUAGAGAAAAAGACAUUUUUUUCGAUGAUUUUUUGCGAUAAAUGAUAAUCUUAAGAUUUGUGAAUAAAAAGCUUCAAAGAUACGUUUCGAAAGUCCUAAAGCUAGAAAAUUCCUGUUUUGGAGCCCAUCAAAACUCCAAUCAAUUCUAGAGUUUAUAUCAAAUCCCGUGAAACUUCUAAAUCCAAAGAACCAAUUUUAUUUUUAGCCCUUAUUUUAUUCCAUGUCUAUAAUUCAAUAACCUUCCAAUUUCCUCAAUGGUUGGGAUCAUUAGAUUAGCCUGCGAUUUUUCGCAAGAACAUUCUUGUUGGGGGCGGAGUUUCUCCACCACGAUUCCGUAAUAACCACUUGUCAAAUGUCUGGUCCAAUCAUUGUUCUUCAAUUUUUUUUUGAAUUCUUUUUUUUUGACUCAUAAUCCUAUGAUCUCUCGAUUAUAGGGCACAAAUUUCAAAUCAUCAAAAUUCAAAUUUUUUUAUUAUAUUCAAGCCAGGAAGUUGUUUUUUUCUAAAAUUACUUGAGAAUCUUAAAAUUUUCACCUUAUUCUCGUGAAACUUCCUAUGAGAAAGGUCUCAAGGCCAAUUUAAUCACUCAAAUUGGCAAGACUGAAACGCCUAUGCGCAAGUCGUUUCAAGUCGGGCGCAAGUUCAUAAUACGCCCAAAUCCAUUCCCAAUGCGAUCAUGAUGAUCCAAAGCAACAAAAAUCAAAUAUGGUCUUUUAUUUUUGAUAAAUUUCAUGUUCUUAUUCAAAAUUUUGAUCAAUAAUUUUUUUUCAUUUACUUUUUUUUCUCAUUUUCACAUUUCAUACAUCUUUAACUUUUUGUAAAAUUCAAUUUUUCUACAUUUUUUUAAAAUGCAUUUGCUGCGGAAACCAGAAAAAUCCAAUUUUUUUAUGAAAAAAAUAUUUCUUUUUUUAUUCCGAAACUCCGCUGAAACACCUUCGACCAAAAAAAAUUUUUUUGAGAUCAAAAAAAUAUGAAUUUUUUUAUAAAUUUCUGUAAAAUCUCCUCAAUUUAUUAUCCACCAAACUUCGAAAUCGAAAAAAAUCAAAAAAACACGCCACAUUUUUUUCCGAUUGCGCAAGGGGCGGGGCUUCGCUUUUUCAUUACUUCUUUUUCAUUUUUUUAAAGCUCAUUUUUUUGGUAUUUUAAUUUUCAAUUAUUCAGAAAAUGGAACUAAAAUGGCAAGCUCUGGUGUUUCUAAUAGAAGGAAUCGUGUCGAUUCCCAUAUAUUUACGAAUUUUGUACCUGGUUUAUAGAUUUCGGAAAAGUUCUGUCGUCUACAGGUCGCCUUAUUAUACCUUAGUUUUUUCACAGGUAAGAGAAAAUUCCUUUUUCUCAAAUUAUGUAGAAAAAAAAAGAAAAUGAACGCCGUAGUGAUCCCUACAGGGUUUAGGGGGGAAAAAGCCCCUAUAGGGAGCCAAAAAGUGCUCCCUGUAGGGGUUUAUGGUCUGUGUUCCUUUCUGGCAUGUCUCUUAUGGGGCCUACUAACUGGAAACCCUAGAGUGACCCCUUCUUCAAGCUUAAGGAGCUUUUAGAAGGGAACAAAGUGUCCCCUAUAGGGGUUUAGGGUCCGGUUUCGUUUCUAGAAUGUCUCAUAUAAAGGCUACUAACUAAAACCCUAGAGUGGUCCCUUUGCAAGCUUAAGGAGCCCCUAGCGGAGUAAAAAAGUUUCCUUAUAGGGAUUCAGGGUCUGGCUUCUUUUCUGGCAUGUGUCUUAUAGGAGCUACUAACCGAAAACCCUAGAGUGGCCCCUUUUUCAAGCUCAAGGAGCCCCUAGAAGAGAAAAAAGUGCCCCCUAUGGGGGUUUAUGGUCUGGAUUCUCUUCUAGCAUGGCUUUUAUAAAGGGCUACCAACUGGAAACCCUAUAGUGACCCCUUUUGCAAGCUUUAGGAGCCCCUAGAAGGAAAAAGCGUCCCCUAUAGGGAUUCAGGGUCUGGCUUCUUUUCUGGCAUGUUCUUUACAAAGGUAACUAACUGAAAGCCCUAUAAUGGCCCCUUUUCAAGCUCAAGGAGCCCCUAGAAGGAAAAAGUGCCCCCUACAGGGGUUUAGGGUCUAGCUUCUUUUCUGGCAUGUCUCUUAUAGGGUCUACCAACUGGAAACCCUAUAGUGGCCCCUUUUGCAAUUUUUUAGUGGUCCCUAGAAAGGAAGGCGAAGUGACGCCUAAACGGUAAUCUUCAAUCUUCAAGGGUCCAUGUAGAGAUCACUCUAGAGUUCCUAAGUCCUGCGGGAGAAACGGAAAUGCCCACCCUCUUAUCACUGUAGCCGUGUAAGUGGUCCCUCAAGGAUCUUUUUUAGUGAUUGCUUUGAAAAGAUCAGAAAAAGGGCGUCUACUGCUCGUUUUCACGUGUUUUUUUAAUUUCUUAAUGAAGAUAGGUGUUCAUAAAUCAGUGGAAAAGUGAGCAUUGGUGCCAAAAUGACGAAGAAAAGUGGAGAAAUGUCCAAAGACCUACAAUUAUCCGUUUCAAUAUCACAAAUUUCUGAUGAAAAUAAUUUUUAAAAAAAACUGAAAAAGUAGUUUCUCAGAAGGAAAUUAAGAUCAAAAGUCCGCCCAAUAUUUCAAAACUCUCAAAUUCCACUGUUACAAAAUGGAUUUAAAUCCGUACUAGAAAUUUAUUUUUCGUGAGAAAUUGCUUUUCUGAACUAUUGUAAAGAACAGCUCAAAAUUAAUUUACCGGAAAGGUUAUAUUGCACCUGGACCGAGGCAUGUGAUGCCAAGUUCGAAGCUCAAUUUCUAGUUUUUCCGGUUUCGGGAAAAUUCAAAACUUGAGAUAAAAAACGCGACCAAUGUGUUCAAAGUCAAGGAUAAAAAACUGAAGAUAUUUUCUUGAUAAAUUUUUAGUUCUGAGCCAUUCCAAAUGUGGCCAUGGCGUUUGAAAUCAGAACUAGAUUUUUUGAUAGGUUUUUUUUUAGUAAUGAGCCAUUGUAAAUGCGGCCAGGGCGUUCAAAACCAAGGCUAAAAAACUGAAGAUUUUUUCAUGAACAUCAAAUUUUCCCUCCUGAGCCAUUCCAAAUGCGACCAGGGCGUUCAAAACCAAGGCUAAAAAAUCUGAAGAUCUUUUUUUUGAUAUAUUUCUCAGUCCUGAGCCAUUUCAAAUGCGGCCAUGGCGCUUAAAAUCGGAGCUAGAAAACGGAAUAUUUUUUCGUGAUAGGUUUUUUUUUAGUAAUGAGCCAUUCCAAAUGCGGCCAUGGCGUUUAAAAUCAGAGCUAACACUUUUUGAGCUCUCUUUCAAAAACUGAAGAUUUUUCCGUUCUGAGCCAUUCCAAAUGCGGCCAUGGCGUUUAAAAUCAGAGCUAACAAUUUUUGGGCUCUCUUUCAAAAACUGAAGAACUUUCUGUGGUGAUUCGGACCAUGGCAAGCCAUUCCAAAUGCGGCCAUGGUGUUCAGAUUCAAGGAUGAAAAAAAUGAAGAUCUUUUUGAUAUAUUUCUCAAUGCUAAGCCAUUCCAAAUGCGACCAUGGCGUUCGAAAUCAAUGUUACAAUCAUUCUUUAUACAGCCCGAUUAGACAGAGAUUUUAAAAACCUUCAAAAAAAGCUUAUAUCCAAGCUGAAAUCCCGUAUUCCAGGGCGUUUUCGACAUCAGCAACUGGUUAGCCUACGUAUUUCUGUGGGUUUCCCGGCAGGUCGACGUCUUCGGCCAAUUCGUCUACGACAAUCAGGAUAAUCAUCUCGUCAAGUUUCUCGGCAAUCACGCCGGUUUUUUCGUCGUCGGCCGAGCCUUGGGAGUCGCCAUGAUCUCCGUCCAACGGUAUUAUACCGUAUGCCGGCCGAAUUCCAAACAAGACCGGGUGAACUUUCGACUCAUUUCAAUCAAUAUCAUUAUCAACAAAUUGAGAAUAUAAAAAUUCCGCGAAACAGUAAAGAUAGGUAAAAUGGGCGGUCUUUUAACGUAUUAAAAUUCAAUUUUUCAGAAAAAAUGAAAUUGUUCUUGGUUUUGUAAUUAAUUAGAGUUUUGAAUCAGUAAGAAUUUAUCCUAUACUCACCACUUCCUUAAUGAAGAUUCAUUGUAGCGCAGAUUCUGAAGCUUCUUUUUCGAAUUUAUAAUCAACGGAGAAAAUUUUUCUCAUCUUAUCGGUUCAAAAAUAGAAAAAAAAACCUUAAAAACCCAAAAAAUGGAGUGAAAAUCGCGAGAUGCGUGGUUCAGAGGAUGAAAAUUAAAAAUAAAGCAUUUUAUUCAAGAUUAAUUUUGGAGAAAUUGAUCAAAAUCUACUUUUUGUCGAUUUUCUGAAAUCAUUUUAUGAACGAUAUCCCGCUAGAAUCUUUUCAGACGAAAUUUGAAAAAAAAAAUCGACCUUUCAAAUUUUGUUGAAUUCCAGUUUUUUGCCACUCGCGCUCCAUGGCAACUGGCCGCGUUCCACUAUUUGGUCCCUUUAGUGAUCAGUUUGCCGAUUUUGGCUGAUCGGAGUUAUCGUUUCGAUUCUCCUGGAAGGCUGGCCGUCAUCAAAACUAGUUUCAAUAAUACGGUGAGAUUCAUAGUCAGAAGGAUUAUUUCAGAAUGCCACCCCUAAUGCCACCCCCACAUUUGAUGGACCCCCUCCCCCGCACCGAAAUUUUUUUCAAAGACUUUAUCUCAUAAAUUCUUUUUUUCAGUUAACUGCCUUUGAUAUUGACGACAUCUCUGAUGAUCGUCUUCAUUUUUGUAGCCUACAGUUAUACCUCAAUUUUGUUAUUUAUUGUCAGAAACACGAGCAGGACUGCCAAGUGAGUUUUUUACAAAAUAAAUUGGAGAAAAGUCUAUACUUUUUUUUUCUUUUUUCAACGCGAAACGGACGUCUCGAGUCAUUUCUAGUGGCCCCUUUAGUAGCGUGGACUCUUAAGUGACCGUUAGAACUACUCACACGUCUGGAGCUUGUCCGAUUCUUGUUACCGAGAUCUGAGUCGUGACAGCUAUUUUUUCUAUAUCUUUGGCGCUCUACUGAUAAUUACAUCUUCUAGUGUCCACUUGAAUAGCGUCCGCACUUUUAAGUGACCCCUAGAAUUACUCAGGAACGUCUGGAGCUUUUCCGAUUCUUGUUACCGAGAUAGGAGUCUUGACAGCUAUUAUUCUAUAUCUUUUGCGCUCUAUUGAUUAAUAAAUCUCCUAGUGACCGCUUUAGUAGCGUCCGCACUUUUAAGUGAUCCCUAGGAUUGCUCAAAAACUUCCGGAGCACGUCCGGUUUCCGUUAUGAAGAUAUCUAUUUUUCUAUGUAUUUUUGCGCUCUAUUGAUAAUUACAUCCUUAAGAGAUUUUUCAUAUGAAGCUCGAGCCAAAAGCGCUCUAUUGAUAAUUAAAUCUUCCUGUGACCACUUAAGUAGCGUCCGUACUCUUAAGUGAUCCCUAAAAUCGCUCAGAAACUUUCGGUUUCAGUUUUAUAGGAUAUGAUUCCUGACAGCUAUUUUUUCUAUAUAUUUUGCGCUCUAUUGAUAAAUACAUCUUCUAUAGACCCCUUUAGCAGCGUCAGUGCUUUUAACUGAUCCCUAGAAUUUCUUAGAAACAUCUAGAGCAGAUCCGAUUUUCGUUACCGAAAUCGGAGCCUUGAUAGCUAUUUUUCUAUAUCUUUUGCGCUCUAUUGAUAAAUACAUUUCCUAGUGGCCACUUGAGUAUCGUCAGCGCUCUUAAGUGACCCCUAGAACUACUCAGGAACGUCUGGAGCUUGUCCGUUUCUUGUUACCAAGAUAUGAGUCUUGACAGCUAUUUUUCUAUGUUUUUUGCGCUCUAUUGAUAAUUACAUCCCCAAGAGCGUUUUAACCGAAUUUGAAAACAAAAAAGCAAGGAAUAUUUUUUCCCAAUGUUCCUACCUCCUCAUGAGCAAAGGCUUAACCAAAAACCCAUAUAAUUUUCGGUUUUUUUUCAGCCCCCUGUCCAGACAGAACAACUUGCACACCCAUCGCGAGCUGCGGAUUUGUCUCCAAAUAGCUCCUCUGAUUAUCGUUUUCGUCGCUGUUUAUCUUUACUUCACGAUGGAGUUCAUUAUGACUCAGCUUGGCGAGGUAGGCGAAAAAAAUUGAAUCAAAAAACCUUUCCGCAAGGUUUCUUGUUGAGAGGAAGUGUUGCCAGGUAGCCCGUGAAAUUAAAUUUAACCGAUUUUUCGGGGUUGAAUUUGGAGAUGUGGUGAAAUUUUCUGUUGUAAGUAGUCCUUUCACUCCGAAAAAAAAGUUGGGAUGAAAAAAAUCAGAAAAAAAUUCGAAAAAUUCUUUUCUUAUUUUUUAACACAACUGGCCUAAAAAAUCUUAUUGGAAAAAAAAAAUUUUUGUUGAAAAAAUCGAAGAAAAACCAGCUUUUUCUGUACAUUUUCGAAUGGCCUUUUACUUGAAAAUGAACUAGAGUGCGGUAAAGUUGCUGUAAGAUGUUUUAAAACAUCCAAAUUUCAAAUAAUACGGAAAAGAACUGCUCAUUUUGCAUUUUAGUAGAGUUAUGAAGCUUCAAGGACGCCAAAAAAUUAUUUUUUCUGCACGGAAUUGGUGAUUUUUCAACUUCGAAGCGUUGUAACUUCACUAAAAAGGGAAGAGAUGCGAAUUUGAGGGUUUUUUUGGAAUAAGGAUGUCUUUAGGUACUUUCCAGCUAAGUUUCAUCCAAUUUUAUUGAUUUUUAGUGCAGUUAUAACGCCUGAAGUUAUUAUUUUUUUUUUAGCAAAAAACCAAAGUUUUUUGAAGUUUUAGGGACGUCAUUAUUUGAACAAAACGCAAAAGGCGCAUUUUUUUGACAUUUUUAAUGUAAGAGUGUCCUUAAGUGUUUUUCAGCCAAGUUUCAUUCAAUUAUAUUGCUUUUUAGUGCAGUUACAACGCCUCAAAGAUUUUUUCCUUGUUUCUGAGCUUUUCCUUUGGACCACCUACCUCAAAAAUCCGGCGAGAUCUGCAAUUUCCCCCUCAAAAUUCAACAAUUCAGAAAUCCAGACCAAUUUCAAGGAUCCUCUUUUUCAGGGCGACUUUUUAUUAUACAUCCUCCGACCCUACUACCAACUCUUGUCGGCCACAUUUUCCUUCGUCCAUCCUUGGACUUUAUUUCUCUUCAACACGGAUAUCCGUCAGAAAUUCUUCCGGAAAGCUUCCAGCACACUUAUGGUUGGUUCCGGGACCUUUUUCUACAAUUUUCAAUCAAAUUCGCAGUUUUCCAGGCAUCGAAAAGCUCCUCGAGCCGUUUGAGUACAAUUAA